GCUGACCAGGCACGGCCACUUGCGUCAUCUCCCUCGGAGGCUCUGCGUGCGUCGUGCGGCUGCGGGGCGAUGGCCAACGGAAUGGUGCGCGAGGUGGACCGCGCGAUCGGCGCGCUGUCCACGCUGGUGCUGGGCGUGGGGCUGCUCGUGCUGCGGGAGCUGUACCGAGGCUUGCGCGACAACCAGGGCAAGUGGGAGCGCUGCGACCUGGAUGGCGGUGGCAAGGACGUCUACUUCCAGAAGAAGUAUGGUAUGCCCAAGUUGCCGCUGUUCCAGCACCGAGGAGGCUGCGACUGCGGAUCGCUACGGUUUAUGGUGCUCGCGCCCAAGCGCGUGGAGGCGUUCGAUGACAGCAACACGUUCUCGUGCAAGAAGGGCAGGUUCCCGUUCCUGAUUGUCCCGACGUCCUGCUUCGAGAUGAUGGAGACGUCGGACGUGUCGCUGUACGAGUCGCAGUCCACGUCAUGCCAGCACGUCUUCUGCGCCAAAUGCGGUAUUCACAUCUUCCAGUUCGACCACACGCAGCCAGACUGCGUCGCAGUCAACGUGUACUGCGUGGAGGACGAGAACUUCGAGGACAUGAAGAUCGUAUUUAUUCCGCGGGUCUCGCGGCCGCUGUUCGGCCGGGCUAACCGACUGCCGUUGCCGUCGGAGCAGCCUUACCGACGUCCGCUGCAGUCACAGGCAUUCGAUACCGUCCGAGAAGACAGCGAAGAGUCGACAAUUGCGUUCCAGAAGCAGCUGAUGAUGUGGGCGCGGAUGGACAACCACGAGAAGUACCGGGAACCGCCCUCGGAGGACACGCAGUCCUCUACCAGCUCUACAAGCCACAACGGACGCUUCUCGUUUGCGUCGGAAGACUCGACGACCGUGACAAAAGAUCAGUUGGAGUUCUACCUAAAGCGUCACUUGGAUGACCCUCCGCAGGAAGAGUUCCGCGUGUAGUUGAAGUCCAAUAUUCCUUCCCAGCCGACUCUUGCUGCUGAUGACAACAGCGUGCAAGGAAGGUCUCGAUAUUUCCUGGUGUCGCCAGGUGCUAGUUCCCCUCCCUCCUUCCGUCCUCUGCCGACGCUGCGCUUGAAGCAGUGCCAGCAAGCGGGUUUUGCAGUUAGUUUGCGAGCAUUUAGGUCUCAAAAAAGUCAAAUGUAAAAAAUAGUACAGCCAAAACUGACUCACCCUCAA